AUGGAGUCUGUCAUCGAACUUGCGUUUGAAGGUCUCUACAUGCUGCGCAUCGAGCUCAGCUUCCUGCUGGUCUUCGGUGGUCUCUGGGCCGCCGGCCGGGUCUUCAGCCGCCCGGACAAGGCCCGCAAGGCCCAGGGCGCCGCCUUGGUGCGGCGCCCCAGCCGCCGGCCGGAGGAGGCCGUGCCCUUGGCCAACGUGGACCCUAAGAAGCUGCAGGAGCCCGGGUGGGUGGUGUCCCAGGUGUCGCUGCUGUGCCGGUCCCAGGUGCAGAAGGCCCUGGAGCUGUACCGCGCCGCCAUGCGGCAGGGGCUCAGCGUCAAGGACAUGCCAACGGAGGGAUGCCAACAGCUUUACUCCAACUUGGUGACUGCGGUGAUCCGUGUUGGCCAAGCUGACGAUGCCCUGAGCCUCAUGAAGGACUUGCGGCGGAACGGGCGCAGCGUGGACGCCUCACUGCUGUGCUCUGCCACCAAGCUGUGCACCUCGAAGCAGCUUUUCGCGGACUGCCUCGCCAUUUACGACUUUACCUCUCAAGAUCCUAAGCUUGACAUCCAGGACAAGAGUGUCUGGAGUUGCCUCUUGUUCUGCGCCGUGGAGACGAAGGGCUUCCACCGUUGCAGCCACUUCUUCGAUCGCCUCAAGGCAUGCGGGGCCCCAUCGCCCAAGGACUUCGGCAACAUGGUGCGCUUUGCCUCAAGUACCAGCAACUGGCGCUUGGCUCUGAACCUCAUUGACGAGAUGCACAAGGCGCAGGUGGAAGUGGACAGCGUGGUGUACAACACGGUGCUGGCGGCGUGUGUCAGCGCCGAGCAGCUCGACCAGGCCCGAAAGCUCUUGGACGACAUGGUCGAGGCUGGAGGAGUGACCGACGUCAUCACCUACAACACGCUGGCCAAGGGCUACGCGAAAGCUGGGCGCAUGGACAUGUGCUUCGAGCUCUACAAGCUCAUGCGGGGGCGCGGGCUCAACCCGUCCCAAGUGACCUACGGCAUUCUUCUGGAUGGCUUCAUCAACGACAACGAGGUGGAGAAAGCCGUCGACAUUUUCAACACGAUGCGUGCGGAGGGUUGCCAGAUGAACACAGUGCUGUACACGACCCUGAUCAAGGGCUUCGCCCGAGCGGGCCAAGUUGAUCAAGCCGUUCAGAUCUAUGAGGAGAUGCGGAAGGAGAGAUCCAUGCAACCAGAUGUCAUCACCUUCUCCAUCCUCAUCAAGGCAAAUUGUGACGUUGGCAGGCUGGAAGACGCCCUCAAGAUGUUGCUGGCCAUGAAAGAGGCCGGCCUCAAGCCUGACGAGGUGGUCUUCAACAACCUACUGGGCGGUUGUAUCAACGACUGCAAGAUGGAGCUGGCCAAGGACCUCUACAAAGAGAUGAUCUCAUCCAACGUCAAGCCCUCUGUGGCCACAUUCUCAAUCCUCAUCCGGCUGUAUGCCCAAUGCAAGCGCUGGGAUGAGGCGGUGGACCUUCUGCGCCAGGAGCUGCCCGAGCAGCGGGUGUCGCCGGAGCCCCGCCUCUUUGGGCAGCUGGCCCAGUGCUGCCUGCGGGACCGCCAGGGCCGCCGCGCCAGCGAGGUCUACAAGAUGCUCACGGAGACGUCUACGCCCACAGCAGCCAUGAACAGCACGCUGCUCGGGAUGUGUGCCAAGCUGAACAUGCUGGACACAGGCGCCGAGAUCAUGCAUCUGGCGGCCAACGCCAAUUCGCGCGUGGAUCCGCGGGACGCGGCGAUGAUGCUUGAGGCUGCCCUGCGCAAGAAGAAGCCGCAGGUGAUGGGCGCACUGAAGGAAGCCAUGGUCAAGCUGAACCUGCCUGUGCACGCAUGA